AUGUCAUCUGCCAAGAUUUUCAUCCACGAGCUACUCAAUCCUGCCGAUGAACAGCUCGCAGAACUCACCCCUGCCGCGGUGGAGGCCGAAGGCCGCAACAAUUCAGAGACCGAAGAGAAAUUGACCUUCCCACUGGGCCAUCUUAUGGUGCGCCCUCUGAUGGAAACGCUAUGGACGGGCGAUCUAAAAUGCAACCCGGGCGGUCCGCCCGCCAACGAGACGGCCUUGGGGAUGGAGACGCGGGAGUUGCUACGCAAAAAAGGGUGGCAGGAAAUGGAAUUCAUCCAGACAGACCCCCUGACCAAGGCAGAGAGCAGUCACCAUCUACUGGUGCGGAUGCUCGGUGACCUGUCGCUCGUCGCGGCGUGCAUGCUGAUUGACAAACACCGGGUUUACAACAACCUGCAAGCGCAGCGACGAGGCUUGCUGGGCAAGACGCAAGAGCUCACCGGGGUCCCAGGCGUGGUAAUGAUCGCCUCCGCAGACCGGUCCAUGUCUCGCCUGGACCAGGCCGGGAUGGAUCCCCGGAAGCGCUGCUCGGCGCUCGGCAUCGCCAUGUUCGACCGGGUCGGCCGGCGCGGCGGGGCGAGGACGCUUCGCCAGGCGCUGGACGAGUAUCGGGCCGUCGACGGCGGCACCUCGGAGGCGAGGCGCAAAGAGGGCGAGGGCUGGAAGGCGGCCUGGGGCGAGGCACUCGAGAUCGAGGUGGCGUUUCUGCACAGGGAGGGCAUGGCCUGGGCGGACGUGAGCUCCGACAACGUCAUGGUGCAGGGCGACGAGUUGUGGAUCUACCACUUCGGCACCAGAGUGGCGUUUUCGGGGUCCCAGGAUACUGGAAUGAAGGGAGAUGACCCUGAACACCUCGACGAUUUGCUCUGCACUGAGCUCCGGUCAAGUGAGGGCAGGCCUUCGCCGGGUCUAGAAGGAGCCUCCGGCUGA